AUGAGAGAGACUGUGGGGGGGGGGGGGGUAGAGUAUAUGUGAAAGAGGUAAGAGUGUGUGCUGGGGGAGAGUGAGUGUGUGGGUAUGCUGUCUCUAAGUUCAGACAGCAGCUUGAGCAGUCUCUCCACACCCCGCACCCCCAGCAGCGGGCCGCACUGUCUGUAAACCUAGCGAACAUGCCUGGUCAUGGUAAGGGAGGUAGGGGUAUCAGAAAAGGAGGCGCUAAGUACCAUAGAAAGGUACUGAGGGACAAUAUCCAGGGUAUUAUGAAGCCAGCUAUUCACCAUUUGGCUCGUUGUGGGGGGCAUGGGAAGCACAUUUCAGAUCUCAUUUACGAGGAGACUCGGGGAGUGCUAAAGGUAUUUUUGGAGAAUGUGAUCCGAGAUGCUGUUACUUACACUGAGCAUGGAAAGCAGAAGACUGUGACUUCCAGGGACGUUGUUUAUGCGCAGAAGCACCAGGGUUGUACUCUGUAUGGAUCUGAAGGCUAA